GUGCUGUGGUGUGCCGGCCAACUCCAGCAAUGCAAUCACUUCAGAUUCAGAUUAUAUAUUUGUAAUUAUUUAUAUAUAUAUAUAUAUAUAUGAUGGGUGCCGUUCUAGAGUUUUUACAUAAUGUCUAUCUUCAAAUCGCUUUGAGCUUCCUUUUCCCGCACAAGUCUGGAAAUCAUACGGUCGAUCUUGCGAUCGGCUUCCAACCAUUGCCAAAUUGUGCGAUCCGGUUGGCCCCAGUCGGCUCAAACAGCAAUGGGAAGUCCAUACCUCGUGAUCUCGCACCGGGACUUCUGCCCCAGCUGCCAGAGGGAGGUCGACGAUGAGGAGAUGAUGGUCAACGAAGAGGGGCUUCAGCUUCAUGGCCUGUGUGGCACAGUGUUGGAGCGUCAAGGACUCCACUGCGAGAGCCUUCAGGGCGACCAAGCUGGUGGCCUUCAAGGAGCCGAUCUGUCUGUGCUGGAGGACCAGGGUGAGUGGCUCGCGGAACAGCUGCGGAUCCUCAAAUCUUUGCCAGGCGGCGCCAGAGAGACUGGGGCUGUGGAGAAGAAGCAGCGCACCGACGCACGCGUGGGGCGUCCGCGCACAGAUGCCUCCGCGCAGCGUCCGGUGCUGCGGCGGCCAGGGGAGGAGGGGAAGUGGAGACGAGCAGAGUCAGGCGAGGAGCAGUUCAGCUGAGAGAAAAGAUGAGCGUCUUUUGUUGAAGUGCAGAUCUGUUUUUUGUAGCCUAUCUUGGUGGCCAAGGGCGACUGGGGAAUCAACUGAUGCUUGCAGGGUCAUUCUCAUUUGCAUGUUUCCGACCCUUCUUUUGUGUGGGCUGACUCUCCAAUUUGACCAAGUCUUUCGCCCAGAUUCUACUGGACAGACAGACCUCAUAGGUUCUCGGAUCGUUCGCUCUCUCUCUCUCUCUCUCGCGCGGCACGAUCAGGCGGACUCCUUCAGAGCCUUUC